AAUCCAUCUUUUGGAGGACGUUUGGAUGUUCAAAGCGGAAUAGUUGAAAGGCCGGCGUACACGAGUCCAUCGCCAACAACAAAUUCCACUGCCAGUUCUGCGUGACCCUUUGGAUACUCGUGUGUCGAAACUUGCAACAUGCCGGUAACGAGAUCUGUGGUGGCCUCGUUCAAGGGAAGGCUGGUUGGCGCACCUCCACUGUCGAGUCUUUGCACGCAGGCCCAUUUUCGCUUCAUACGCUUUUAUUCUGCAUCGACGCAUCCCCCACCUGCAUCUACUGAAGCAUUGACCAUUGGCAUGGUUGGAAGUGGACCAGCGGGCUUUUAUACUGCUCAGCAUCUGCUCAGAAAUCUUCCGAAUGUAAAGAUUGACAUGUAUGAAGCGUUGCCAGUGCCCUAUGGGCUGGUCCGAUUUGGUGUAGCUCCGGACCAUCCAGAAGUCAAGAAUGUGAUUCACAAGUUCGAAACAAUAGCUCAGGAUCCUCGCUUUCGAUUUAUUGGGAAUGUGCGCAUAGGGCAUGAUCUCGAUCUCGCAGAGCUGAAACCCCGCUACGACGCGCUGAUUCUCUCAUACGGUGCUAGCCAAGACCAACGAUUGGGAUUGCCCGACGAAGACGCAAUUCCAAAUGUAUUUUCUGCGCGAGCUUUUGUAGGAUGGUAUAAUGGUCUGCCGGAGCAUCGUGACUUGAAUCCGGAUCUAGAAUCAUCGGAUACAGCGGUGGUCAUUGGGCAGGGGAAUGUCGCUUUAGAUGUCGCUAGGGUUUUAUUGAUGCCUUUGGACGAGCUGGCUAAGACGGAUAUUACUGAGCAUGCCCUUGAAGCGUUGCGGCGGAGUAAAAUUCGCCACGUACACCUCAUCGGGCGACGAGGUCCUCUCCAGGCAUCUUUCACAGCCAAAGAACUCCGUGAAAUGAUUGCGCUUCCCGACACCAAACUCCAUCUUGAUGUUCCCCUCCUUCAAAGCCAAAUGGAAGCUGGAUCCGCCAUUCUAUCCAAGGAGCGACCACGACGUCGUCUGAUGGAGCUCCUACUCAAAGGCGCUACAAACCCCCUUUCAAACACAUCCCCAACCUCCAAAUCCUGGUCGCUCAAGUUCUUAAGUAGUCCCAUUCAUCUUGUUACAAAUCCAACAACGCAAGCACUCGAAGGCCUGCAGUUGGAGAAGAAUAGAUUGGAAGGUCCAUUGAACGCACCUCGUGCUGUUGGAACUGGUGAAAUAGAAGAAAUACCAUGUGGAUUGCUACUUCGAUCCAUUGGAUAUAAAAGCGUACCUCUCCAAGGGUUGCCCUUUGAUUCAAAGAGGGGGAUGAUUCCGAAUGUCCGGGGCAAAGUUCAAAAUGAGGACUCUUUCACCUCAGGGAUUUAUGUUGCGGGCUGGCUCAAACGCGGUCCAACUGGGGUCAUUGCUGCAACAAUGUACGACGCCAUCGAGACUGCUGACACAAUCAUAAAUGACAUUCAAAAGGGAGAACUGCAGCCCAGGAUAGGUCCCACAGUUCCGCCGGGAUUCAAAGGUCUGGAAUCGAUGCUUCGCGCGCGGGGGGUCAAGGUUGUCGAUUUUCAUGCAUGGAAGAAGAUUGAUGAGGUGGAGGUCGCAGAAGGGACUCCUAAAGGGAAGCCGAGGGAAAAAGUUGUUGAGGUAGACAAAAUGAUGGAGAUUGCGGGCCGCUGACGACUCUAUAGAAUGUAUAUUAUAGUAAUGGUGGAGCAGAUGCACCUGAAAAGCCGCAACGAAGAUGUAAACUGCACAUUGUUUUCGUACUAAUUAUCAUAACACUGGCUCGUUGUUUGAUUCCCAGCAUGCAUCUUGCAUCAGUUCGCGUCAUACAUAAAAUCU